AUGAACGGACACUUGCAGCUUGCUCAGUGCUUCUUAAACGAAGGCGUAGCUACUGAAACAGUGAAUAUCAGUCAAAAUACAGCACUUCAUCUAGCUUCAGUCGGUGGGCAUAUUGAUAUCGUCAGACUCCUUCUAGACCGAGACGCGAAUCCCCACGCCAGAAAUAACUAUUCCGAUACACCGCUACACAUGGCCUGCUUCCAUGGAAAUCACCAGGUCGCAGAUUUACUUUUAGAUCGAGGCGCAUUAGUUGACGAAUCG